AUUUUUUUUUUAAAUUCCUAAAAUUUCCCAUUUUCGCUCACAGACGGAACGCGAACCGCCGUUGCUGUGAUAGCCAAACGCACACCUGCUCUCUAUAACAAUUUCCCUUUUUUUAAUUAAAAUAUUAAAUACCCAAAAAACCAGGUUCCAAUUCUGCAUUUACUAUUCAAUCAAAAUCCGAUUGAGUACGAUUUUCAGUGUGGUGGGAAAGGUUUUCGCGAGGAGAGUGCCAGCGUAGUUCAAUAAAGCUAAAAGAGGGGAAAGGAAGGCCUUGGAAUUUCUCUCAUGGAAAAGCGCGUGUACGAAGUUUGGAAAGGAAGGAAUAAGUUUGUUCUUGGUGGGAGGCUGAUUUUUGGGCCAGAUGCUAGGUCUCUGCUUGUUACCUUAUUGCUGAUCAUUGUUCCUGUUAUCAUCUUUUGCGUAUUUGUUGCAAGGCACCUUCGGCAUUCAUUUUCUCCAUAUAAUGCAGGAUAUGCUAUUCUGGUGGUAGCAAUUGUCUUUACUAUUUAUGUGUUGAUUCUUCUUUUCCUCACAUCAGCCCGGGACCCAGGAAUCAUUCCCCGCAAUUCACAUCCACCAGAGGAGUUCCGCUAUGAUUCUUCUGUUUCAACUGAGGUUGGGGGUAGGCAAACACCUGGCCUUCAGUUUCCUCGAACCAAGGAAGUUAUGGUUAAUGGAGUUAAUGUGCGGGUGAAGUAUUGUGACACAUGCAUGCUUUAUCGCCCUCCCCGUUGCUCCCACUGUUCCAUUUGCAGCAAUUGUGUGGAGCGUUUUGAUCACCAUUGCCCUUGGGUGGGGCAAUGCAUUGGACUGCGAAAUUACCGGUACUUUUUUAUGUUCGUUUCUUCGGCAACUCUUCUCUGCAUCUAUGUGUUCUCCAUGUCAGCAUUGUACAUCAAGAUUCUGAUGGAUGAUCACCAUGGAACAGUUUGGAAAGCGAUGAAGGAAUCUCCUCCGUCGGUCAUACUAAUGGCAUAUUGUUUCAUUUUGCUGUGGUUUGUAGGCGGGCUCACUGGGUUUCACUCGUACCUCAUUGCAACAAAUCAGACUACCUAUGAAAAUUUUCGAUAUAGGGCUGACAACAGAAUCAAUGUUUACAAUCGGGGUUGUCCAAGUAAUUUUCUUGAAGUAUUUUGCACAAAGAUAAAGCCCUCAAAGAACAAUUUUCGGGCUUUUGUUCAAGAGGAGGUACCAAGGCAUACUUUGCCAAGUACUCAGGAAGCAGAAGUAGAAGAUCGAGGUGGAGAUCCACGUUCGAAGGUUGAGGAUGAUCUAGAGAUCGGUGAAGAUCUAAAGAAGAUCUCCCAGCGACGUAAUAUUGAGGAAAUUGAUGAGGACAUCCGCAGUAGAGGGAGCAAUGGCCCUCCUCAUACCACCUUGGAGGUUGAUUUUGUUCUGGGUUCAGAUCGUCAAGCUCCUACAAUUCGAUCUGACACUAGACACUCAAGUUGGGGAAGGAGAAGUGGUAGUUGGGAAAUUGCGCCAGAUGUCCUUGCUAAUUCCACAGUUACUGAAAGCAGAAGCUAUAUCACUCCAAAAGAAGCUCGCCAAUGAUGGGGUAAGUUGUAUAGUUGCCAUUGCAUGAAUGAUGAUGUGCAGUCUCUUGGUUAGUGUUUUCCUGGUAUGGAGGGGAAGUUUCAUCGAUUAGAGAAUGACAAUUAUCCAUUGGGGAGUGAAAUUUACUCCCCUUUUAGGCUUGAAAACUUGUGUUACCAUUUUUUUUUUUUUUACAUUUUCUUUUGUUAAGCAGUCCAUAGGAAUGUGUCUUUGUAAUUGUUUUGAGAAAAGUGAAUAGUGUCUUCCUUUUAUUCUUUGUUGAAUGAUAUGCAACCUUGGGUGGAAUGUCUAGUUUUGUUUUGAUUUCAUUUGUAAAAUAUUAUGUCACUGCUCCAGACACGAAAUUAUCUAAAAGCUCUCUCUCUCUCUCUCUCAUAUAUU